AUGACAGCCGACGCCUUCCAUUCGCCCAGUCAGGGCACCAGCCCGGAUACCCCAACGAUGCCCCGGGCCUCCCCGUCGAGCUGCAAAGCGGAGCCCUUCUUGAUCAAGUCGGAGCCCAGAGGGAGCCCGGCGGAGAGAGGAACCGAGCAGCCCGCCGACGAUCAGCCGCCCGGUCCCGGCGCCUCGGCCAGCGCGGGAAGCGGCGGCGGCGGCGGCGGCCGUCGGAGGAAGCGGCCGGUGCAGCGCGGGAAGCCCCCCUACUCCUACAUCGCGCUGAUCGCCAUGGCCAUCGCCAACGCGCCCGAGCGGCGGCUGACGCUGGGCGGCAUCUACAAAUUCAUCACCGAGCGCUUCCCCUUCUACCGCGAGAACCCCAAGAAGUGGCAGAACUCCAUCCGCCACAACCUGACGCUCAACGACUGCUUCGUCAAGAUCCCCCGCGAGCCGGGCCACCCGGGCAAGGGCAACUACUGGACCCUGGACCCGGCCGCCGAGGACAUGUUCGACAACGGCAGCUUCUUGCGCCGCAGGAAGCGCUACAGGGUUUUGAAGUCAAAGUUUCUAUUGUCUUAA